GUAAGGGUCAGAAGUGGGAAGAAGGGUUCAGAAAUGCUGGUGGAGGAAGCCAAGAUUCUACUCGGUUUCCCACCGGAUUCUCGCCCUGAUCCUUCCCAGGUUAAAGCUGCUUACCUGAGAAAAGUAUGGGAAUCGCAUCCUGACCGAUUUCCGGCGGAUCAGAAGAUCGGCGCGGAGUCUAGGUUCAAAUCGGUUUCUGAAGCUUAUGCUUGCCUUCUGUCUGGAACUAGACGUGGAUAUUCAAGAACAGGUGUGUAUUCGAGGGUCGUGAGAACUGGAGUUCCGAGGGCACAUGCUGGGAAAGGCAACCCAUGGCUGAUCGGAAUUCCUUUCGCACUCAUUGUCCUAGGAACUGUUGGACUUGGCGGAUUCAAAGCUACCAGGGCCUACAAACAGCAGAAACAGGCAUUCCCGUCUCACAAUCCGUUCCUUCCCUGAUCCCAAAUCAUGUGCUGUGUCUGGAUGCGACAGAUCUCUAAUCAAUGCUCUGCUACCAAAAUUUGUGGUGUUCAUAGCUAUUCCUCUUGUUGUUUAGACAUAUAUAGCAACUCCGUAUCUAAGAACCCAAAUCCAUGCGACUGUGAGGAUGAAUAAGCAGACGUUCUUCAGACUCAGACUGAGAAUUGUAGGUAUCGUAUCAUCAUCACCAACAUCUGUAAUUUGACUUUUAUGA